AUGGAAAAUCCAUUGAAAACCCACAAAUAUGGCAAGAGCUAUGAUAGUCACAAGGCAAAAGGCAUGUCCUCCUUUGCUUUCCUUCUUUCCAUUGUGAUCAUCUACGUCUCUAUCUUCUACAUCUUUAGCCUUUCUCCUUCCACUCUUUUCAGUAAUCCCAAGUUCUGGUUCGCCAUUUACAACACUCUCAUCCUCAUCAUCGCAGCCGAUUACAGCGCUUUCGCUUCCUCCAACAAUCUGAAACCCGACCUUUACGAGGAAUAUGUGUUGCAUGGCCAAGCAAGGAGGACACAUAUUACUGCUGUGCCUGUGACUGUUCCUUCAUUUGUCGAAGAAAGCAGUCCCAAAGAAGAAGAAGACGUAGGUGAUCAAAAGAAAAAUGAAAUCCCAGUAAGAAUAUUGGAUGAUAAAUUGCAACAAAAAGAACAACGUCCCAUGAAACUUGAUGAUGAAGCUUGCGAUCAUCAGACAAUUAAACCCCGAACUAUGAGAAGAAGCAAGUCUUAUAAAGUGAAACGUGUUGCAUGUCAUGGAAGGGAGAAUAAUUUGCAGACAUCGAAGACUGAUGAAGAGAAAGCGUCCAGAGAAGAAGAUCAAAACGAGUUCUCGACCAUGUCGGAUGAGGAACUCAACAGGAGAGUUGAAGAGUUUAUUCGAAAGUUCAACAGGCAGAUUAGGCUUCAAGGUGUUGGAAACCGCCAAGUUUUACAAUACGAAUACGAGUAG